UGUUGUUGUUCUCACGCUAAUGUGCGAGAUCCGUAGACCCGACUCCACUGCGCGGCCACAUCCCGCCCCGACUUCCCCUCAGCCAGCGGCCUGGUGGUUGGAGAUGAGUAGAAGAUGUCGGUUUCGGGGCUGAAGGCCGAAUUGAAGUUUUUGGAGUCCAUUUUUGACCCAAACCACGAACGAUUCAGAAUAAUAGACUGGAAACCAGAUGAACUCAGUUGCCAAUUCAACGUCACCGGAGAGAAGCUGCUGAUCAUUCACUGCAACAUCACGGAAUCUUAUCCCUCAACACCGCCGAUAUGGUUUGUUGACUCCGAUGAUCCGAGUCUGGCAGAAGUGUUGGAGCGCUUGGAGGAUGUGAGAAAAGGCAGCACAUUGCUCCUUCAGCAGCUGAAGCGCCUCAUUUGUGAUCUCUGUCGGCUUUACAACCUGCCUCAACAUCCAGAUGUAGAAAUGCUGGACCAGCCGUUACCAACUGGACCGAUUACCCAAGAGAGAAAGCAUGGGCCGUCAGAUGAGGUGACAUCUGAAGAGGAAGAAGAGGAAGAAAUGGGCGAGCAGGACAUUGACCUGGACCAUUACGACAUGAAAGAGGAGGAGCCAGUGGACGGGAAAAAGUCAGAAGAUGACGGGAUUGAAAAAGAAAAUCUGGCCGUCUUGGAGAAGAUUCGUAAAAACCAGAGGCAGGAUCACUUGAAUGGUGCCGUGUCUGGCUCUGUGCAAGCCUCAGACCGCCUAAUGAAGGAACUCAGGGAGAUCUACAGGUCACAGAGUUACAAGACAGGUAUUUAUUCAUGUGAACUAGUCGGCGACAGCCUUUAUGAAUGGCACGUCAAGUUAAGGAUGGUAGACCCGGAUAGUCCAUUACAUAGUGACUUGCAGGUCUUAAAAGAAAAAGAAGGAGUGGACUACAUUCUGCUCGAUUUCUCUUAUAAAGAUAAUUUUCCUUUUGACCCUCCUUUUGUUCGGGUUGUCUCCCCUGUGCUCUCCGGAGGUUAUGUUCUGGGAGGAGGGGCCUUGUGCAUGGAACUUCUCACAAAACAGGGCUGGAGCAGUGCCUAUUCCAUAGAAUCUGUCAUUAUGCAGAUAAACGCAACAUUGGUUAAAGGAAAAGCCAGGGUGCAGUUUGGAGCCAAUAAGAACCAGUACAAUCUUGCCAGAGCACAACAGUCGUACAAAUCCCUUGUGCAGAUUCAUGAAAAGAAUGGCUGGUACACACCACCUAAAGAGGACGGAUAAGGAGCUACUACCACUAUGCACUGGGAACAUGUCUUUGGGUCGAAGUAUCUUGUUUUCUUUGGAAUACACCCCCCCCCCCCCCUGACUUGACUGGGAUUAUAUCAUCCUGUUGGCGGAAACCCUCUUGUUGGCUCAUCUGACAAGUAUUCCUUCGCCCCGGUCCAGUCGAGACUGUAUUCUGGUAUCACUUUGCUUCUCCCCUCAGUGUUUUAGUACGGAAGAUAAUAUGUGGAUAUCACUCGUCCUCAAUCCUACGUAGGCUCGUUUGUCUUUAAAAAAAACAUUUCUCCCUUUUGAUUUUGGGGAAGUGAUUUUUCUUUAGCUGCUGUGACAAAGUGGGCUUUACAAACAGUUACUCCUCUAAACGGGAGUUUUAAACGAAGAUACUGAAGCUCUUGAUGUGGCACCUUCCUGCACCUGUUUUUAUUGGCCUCAUUCCCCCCCCUUUUUUGUUUUGCAAACUAACUGGUACAUGAAUGCAAAUAUUAUAGACGUAUUAUUCAGCUAUUGUUUUUAAUAUUUGAGCAUAAUAGACAAUAAAUAAAUUAAACAUUUUGGAAGCUUAUCUCAAUAUUGAGAUGAACUCUGUUUUAGCUCUUACUGUUUUUAAAAUAUAUGAAGAAUAUCGGGUCAAGCAGUAUCAAGAGGAUGUUGAACUAAGAUUAACUGUUGUCUGUGAACAAAUCCACCUGUAGUUGAUAAUAAAAUAGGGCCAAAACAUCUCACAAUUUCCAUGUUAUAUAUCAUGAGUGAGGAGGAAAUGGAUUUUUCCACCAGAUGUCAAAAUGACCGAUGGGUCAUCAUUUGAGACCUUUUUACAGAAUCUAAAGAGCUUUUUUUUUUUGCCUCAUGUUCUGUUGCUACAACAACCCCGUAAGCGUUCAGUUUGGUUACUGGUCUUUUCGUUGAUUAAAGCUGCGGAGGUUGAUGUCUAGUUUGAUGCUAAAAUGAAGCCCUGUGUGUGUCUCUACUGCUGUUCUACAAGAUUUUAAGCAGACGCGCACUGGGAUUUGCUUUACAGAAGGAAUAAAUGAAACGUGUUUAGAUGUGUUUGGAUUUUUUUGCAUAAUAUUGCUCAGUUUAGCGGAAAAUGUGUUAUUCAUAUCUUCCUGACGUACAUGGAUUGUAGAUGCUUUUCCUGCCCAAUUUAGUUUUGAAACUGCUUCCCUGCUCUACGACGUCCACCGUUGCCACAAAUAUGAUUCGGCAUCAACUUCGUUGUCUAAAAAGAUGGAUCAUUCCAAACUUAAUUGAAACUCUAGGAUGUUGUACGUUUCAGUUUUGACCAGGCAACAUACCGUAGUACUUCCUCCCUACCGCCGCUUGUCCUACUGCAGGACGAACUGGAUCUAUUAAUCCGUUUACUUGUGAAACUGUUUGAAUCGCACCUCAGGGAACAAACAAUACUUAGGAGGGGAAUCGGAACUUGAUUGAGCUUGCAGUUUAUUUCUUUAGAUUAAUGAACGCUCUGUACAGCUGACAUUGAUGCUUACACACACACACACUCACUGAUCAGAUGUCAAAAACACAUGAGCUUUACAGUAACAUGGGUCGGGUGUUUCUCUUAAUUGCAUUAAUGAAAGGAAGGACAGCAGUAGCAUGGUGACUACCCCGCGUAAUGGCGCAAUGAUUUCCCCACUGUAGUGUUUAAUGCUUGGUUGUUCGUCCCAAGUACUGAAGAUUUGAUUUCAGCAUCUGAUCUUUGAAUACUCUUUUUAAAUGAAAAAAAACAUUUGCACAACUGACAACAACGUGCCUGUAGAGGUCAAUUAUAACAAACGCAUUCUGAUCUAAAUAGCUGAACGUCAGGAGGAAUGAUUUUUUUUCCCAGCACGCAUCCUGUUACAUGUCUGAUGAAGAGCGAGGACGAAUCAUCAGGUCUCUAAAACCAGAGGUGUCCUCAUCCAAAGGACUAUUGAGAGACAUUUGAGAGUUUCGUGGUCGGGAUGUGAUGAAAGGACUUGCACGCUAAUCCAACUGGACUGUGGUUUUGAAAUGAUUCGUUCAUCUCAACUCCCAACUCAUUUUCUGGCACCAACAAAACAAGUCUGGCACCUUUUUGGCUCGCUUUAGUUUUCUUUUAUUUCUCAUUUUAAGACAUUUUGACUGUGUACAGUAAUUUGUAAACUUGCAUCAAGUUUAUGAAUAAAGAAUUUUAAGAUUA